UAGGGACGGCUGCUCCCACGUGUGCAUACACUACUGCUACAAACUGUGCAUUGGGUGGGGGCCAUUGUCGUCAAGCACCUCGGUCCAUCAGCAUGUUCCAUAUCCGCCCGUCGCAUGUCCAGACUGAGAGCGUUGCCACGCCGCCUGCUCUCUGAGUUGCGCUACAGCAGCAAAGCCAGUAAGUGGAAGGGUGCACAGUGUUGGAGAGUGGAGACGCGCCGCUCUGGGCUGUGGGGACUCCCUGUAUGUGGUAUGGUGCCAUGGAGCCAGCCAACGACCGCUGGCGAGAUGGGCUGUACUGUUCCGCCACGCUUGUUGGUAGUCGUGUGCUUUGAGACGAUGUUUUUUUUCGUUCUCCAAAAGUGGAUGGCUGUGAAACUGCGAGACGUGAGACGACAGUUGGUUAGCCCAGGCAGUCGGAGGCCAAAAGCAGUCAGCAGACCGUGGUGAGGGUAUAAGGGCAGGGCAAUGCGGCACAGCCCCUAA